AUGCGCAAUGCGGUCACGCCGAGUCCUCUGGCAAUUUUCGAUGGCCAUGCCCUUGCGACUCGUGAGCACACGGACUGCUUGAGGCCAUGGAGGGUCGAGGUACGAGAUCGGAACAGGGCCGACGGGGCGACCAAGUCGGCCGUGCUCCAUAGGCACCUAGGGACCGAGUUCCUCCCUUUGUCCAAAGGCGAGGGCAGCUACAUGGUGCUUGAGGACGGCCGAAAGAUUUUUGACGCCUCGGGAGGUGCCGCAGUUGGCUGUAUCGGCUGGGGCAACGAGAGAGUCGCCCGGGCUAUCAUGGCGCAGGUGAUGGCCAUUCCAUAUUGUUCAACCAUAUUCUACACAACCAGCGUACAGGAGGAGCUCUGCCGUUACUUGGUGGACUCAACCAAUGGCGCCAUGUCGCGUGCCUAUAUCGUCAACUCGGGCUCCGAGGCGAUGGAGGCGGCCGUCAAGCUUGCUAGGCAGUACUUCCUCGAACUCAACCCGCCACAGCCGAGGAGGACACGCUUCAUUUCCCGGAGGCAGUCAUACCACGGAACGACCCUCGGCGCGCUGGCGGUUGGCGGUCACGAGUACCGGCGGGCAAAAUUCGAACCCAUGUUGAUGAAGAACGUAUCCAGAGUGUCCCCAUGCAACGAAUUCCGUGGCAGGCAUCCCCGCGAGACGAACGAGGAUUACGUUGCCCGGCUGGCCAAGGAGCUGGAUGACGAGUUCCAAGCGCUAGGGCCAGAAACAGUCUGCGCUUUCGUGGCUGAGCCUGUCGUGGGCGCUGCGCUGGGAUGCGUGCCCUCGGUCCCCGGUUACUUCAAGGCGAUGCAAGCUGUCUGCCAGAAGUACGGCGCUCUUCUCAUCCUAGACGAGGUCAUGUGCGGGAUGGGCCGGACGGGGACGUUGCAUGCAUGGGAACAAGAGGGCGUCGUUCCCGAUAUUCAAACCAUAGGUAAGACCCUCGCGGGCGGUUAUCAACCGGUCGCCGGCGUGCUGGUGAAUCGGCACGUUGUAGAUGUGAUAGAAAGGGGCACCUCAUCUUUCGUCCAUGGCCACACAUAUCAGGGCCACCCGGCAGGGUGUGCGGCAGCUCUCGAAGUGCAGCGGAUCAUUCGAGACGACAAUCUCUUGAGCAAUGUCCGGAAGAUGGGCGCGCUGCUCUCGAGACGGCUGCAAGAACGUCUCGGCAACCACCCUAACGUGGGCAAUAUCCGCGGCCGUGGGCUUUUCUGGGGCAUCGAGUUUGUUGCAGAGAAGAAGAGGUCGAUUCCCUUCCCAGAGGAGGCUCACGUGGCCAUGGGCAUCAGCGAACGGGGCCUGGCAAAGGAGUAUGGCAUCAAUGUGUACCCCGGCGCCGGCUCGGCGGACGGGAUCCGGGGCGACCACAUCAUCAUCUCGCCUCCCUUCAACGUGCGCGCCGGGGACAUCGAGUGGAUCGUCAAUACGGUUGGCCGCCUUAUCGACGAUUAUUUCGCGUCCUCAACAGACCGAUGA